UCUCGCUCUCUCUCUCUCUCUGGUGCAUUUUCCUCUUUGAAGCAGCUGAGCGUCCUUGAUUUAAGUCAUAACCUGUUGACUGAACUUUCAGACAAGGCUCUUAGUGGCAUCCAACAGCUACGCCAACUUGAUCUCAGUGCUAAUUUCAUUGCCAACUUGUCAGUCCACACUUUCCCAGGCAGUUUGCGCAUCCUCCACCUCAACCACAACAGGCUAAAGAGUGUGCCAGUUGCCACCUGCAAUUUGGUAAUGCUUUCCAGCCUUCAUCUAAGUAGCAACCCAAUCAGGGAGCUGACAGCUCUCUCCUUUGGAAGGAAACUUGGCUCCUUGAGGCAGCUGUUCUUAGAAAACCUGCCCCUGGAGAACCUUACCAGCUCAGCAUUUAAAAGGCUAUGCAGACUUGAGGUCCUGAGCUUGAGGAAUAGUAGCCUGGUAUCUCUGUUAUCUCUAAAGACGCUCUCUACUUUGUAUUUGACUGGUAACAAGUGGAGCUGUGACUGCAGCUUGAUCUGGCUUCGUACCUGGCAGAAAAAAGCAUCGAGAAAAGAUCGCAGCUCAGUGGAGUGCAGCUCACCAGUGGCUCUACAGGGACAACAGCUUGUGAAUAUCGAGUUACAGAAGCUGACACGUCCACCUUUUCAAACUGUUGUGGACACAAUCAGUCAUUCCUCCGCAAAUGUACAAAAGGCCACUACUCCAUUCACAAAAGAACCUUUGCCAAAGGCUGCUACUACACCUCCUACCACUGCUUUAAUUACCAGCAUGGUGACCACCACCACAGGACCAGCGAGCUACCACAGUGCCAUCGCAGGACCAACACGGCCUGAUAAACCUUAUAUACUAGAGAAAUAUGACCCCUGCCUCUCUGACCACAUUAAUAGCAGCAGCACACGGACAAAGGGCAACACUGCUCUGGUGGUUACUGGUCUUUCUAUGGAAAUCACAACCAGUUUGAAGUGCAGGGUCCAACCAAUCCGGUUCCAGUGGUACUAUAAUGAAGCUGCCUCAUCUUCUCAGAACCAAGGCGUUGCCCAGUCCAAGCUGACCUCAGAGUCCUCCUGUGAGAACUCGGAGAGUGACCAGCAUGUUUAUAUGACAGUAGCCAGCCAAUGGCCUGAAGAGGAGUUCAAUUUUUCCAGUCCAAAUUUGCCUUCUGCCAUCUGGAGUAAACCUGCAGGUCAUGUGUGCUUUGAAUACCUCACAUAUUUGGAGCUGGCUUAA